AUGGGGCUUUUGGUUAAUAUUGUGAUGAGGCCCUGCCUAGAAUUUUGGGGAAGGAAAUGGAAUUCACUAGACAUAGCCACUGCAGUUGUGUUUUUCAUUCUGCAUUGCCUUUGUGUGAUAGCGCCGUUUCAUUUCACGUGGCCUGCGUUUUGGGUGGCCUGUGCUCUCUAUCUUGUGACGGGUUUAGGAGUGACUUUGUCUUUCCAUAGAAAUCUUGCUCACAAGAGUUUUCGUCUUCCGAAAUGGCUCGAGUACUUGUUUGCUUACUUCGGGGUUCUCUCACUUCAGGGAAGUCCAAUAGAAUGGGUCAGCUCACACCGAUAUCAUCACCAGUUUACUGAUACUGAGAAAGAUGUUCAUAGUCCUCGUCAAGGAUUUUGGUUUAGUCACAUGGGUUGGAUCCUCGAUAGCGGCUCUCGGUUUGGAAAAUAUGGAGGACUGAAGAACGUUGAAGAUUUGAAAAGGCAACCCUUCUAUAUGUUUCUUCAUCGUACUUAUCUUCUGCAUUCAGUUGUUCUACUUGGAAGUUUACUAUAUGCCGCCGGUGGAGUUCCCUUCUUGGUAUGGGGGAUGGGGGUAAGGAUGGUAUGCGUUUUCCACAGUACUUUGUUAGUAAAUUCAGCUGGUCACUUGUGGGGUAAACAAGUAUAUCACACUGGUGAUAUGUCAAGGAACAAUUGGUGGUUGGGUUUGUUUGCACUUGGAGAAGGAUGGCACAACAAUCAUCAUGCUUUUGAUUAUUCCGCUCGACAAGGUUUUGAAUGGUGGCAAAUUGACUUGACUUGGUAUGUAAUAAGAUUUUUCCAACUCCUUGGAUUGGCAACAGAUGUAAAAACACCAACUGAGUCUCAAAAGCGACGAAAGGCUUUAACCAGUCAAAUGAUGGAUACUUCACAGUAACUUGAAAGAGUUUGAGACAUAGCUUGGCCUACCAGUGCCUGUCCUUCACUGUCGGUCGACUAGGCUUGCUGACUUUCUGAAUAUGUUACCUUGGUUUUAUGUUUCAAAGCAAAGUAGGAUUUGCAGAAGUACCUUAUAGUAUUUUAGAUUUUCUAGUACUUUCCAAUAUUGUAUUGUUUUGCUUGUCCUUGGUGCUCAAGUUUUCUAACCCAAUACACAUGGGUUAUUGGAAUCGGUUUAAGGAGGUGGAUGAUUUACCUAAUGAAAUUGUGAGGGCUUU